AUGCCUUUUUUUUAUUUGGGCCUUCACUGCUGUUUUCAUCGUCUGUCCCACCUGUCGCCUUUCCUUCCACCGCCCACCGCCCAUCCUCUUUCCUCUGCUGACAUCUAUUUUCUCUUUCGUCGCACGCCAUCAAGGCACGGAGCACCGCUGGCGACGCACUCGCGCUGCUGCUUCGUUCCAGCUUAUUGGCACCUCUUGCUGCCGCCGUGUACCUGCGUUGCUGAGUCCUCUCUGCGCUCAGGCGCAGGCGCACACGGCAUGAACACCGUGCUUUCUCUGCUGGAUGACACAGUCUACACCCUCCUAGGUAUCACAACGGUGCUGCUCUGUGCGGUAGCCUUUCGCCUCAGUCGUAAUGUCUAUCGCGAAACGUUGCGCGCACAGGCGCAAUCGAAACUGCGCCGCGAGGAUUUGUUGACGCACGAGCAGCAGAACUUCCUGCGGUCUAUGCAGGCCGAAGAAAAGGUCGAGGCGGUACUGCGCAAGGCGGGGUGGACGGACGUUUUUCUGCGGCGGCGUGUGGCUGUCGCGCGUGUUGGGCACAACCGCGAAAUCGAUGUCGUCGCGGUCGGCCCAAUCAUCCUCGUCGUCGAGGUGAAGAACUGGCAGGGCUUUGUGUGGAGCAACGGGCCGCGCUGGUACCAGUGCCGCAAUCGCAAACGAAUGGACACACUGGAGUUUGAGGAUGUACAGGAAGAUAACGUGGAGAAGGCCGCCGCACUGCGCCGCUACAUUGAAAACGCGCGUCGGGUAGAGCUGCCAGACUCGCAUCUCAUUCAGUCGGAUGCGGUUUUGUUCGGUCAAGAUACGGGCACAAACGGCAAGCGCGCCACAUGGUACUCCGACAAGUCCAUCCACAAGGUCUGCGGCAAGUGUGUCGUUCCCGUCGUGGUGUUCACGCAUCCGCGUGUCAAGCUGGACCCCGCGACAGUUAAGGCGAAGAAGUACGUGUUCACCCUCGAUACGUUCGGCGUCUUUGCCUCGCAUGCUAUCCGCGGUAACAUAGAUUUGGAGGCGCUGAACGACGUCGCAACGGCGUCGUGGUGGUCAUCCUGGCUGCCGUUCAUGCGAAUCCCUCGACCCUUAGCAACCACGUCCGCCGCUGCCGCUGUCUUCCUCACCGAAGAGCAGCGAAACAACGUCGCUGGCGUUGUGGACGUGCUACGUACGUGGGAUUUAGUGUACCUGCUCGACCACCGCCUCAUCACAGGUGACCUUGAGAAGAUUGAUGUUCCCAGUGCGUUCUGCAUGUACAACCGCAAGCACCUGCUCGACAUUAACGUGCGGUGGAACCGAGGAGCAGUCGGUCUCAUAAAGACGCUGCUCACCAACAGCGUUGGUAGCGUGGAACUCGUCCUGACAACAGCGAAGCGGCUGGCGAAGAAGCGCAAGGAGAGGAAGCCGCGCAACGCCGAGGGCAACAUCGUCUUUCCUAUGAGGCCGAAGAAGAACAAGGAGAACGGCUACCUGGUGAUGAAGAUGGCGGGCACAGGAAAACUGGAGACGGUGCUCCUGUGCGAUGUCGAUCGCAUUUCGCUGAGCCGUCACUUGUACGAGAGUGAGAAGCAGCUAGAGUGA